UUUCUUCUGAGAACUAGUUAAGUGGUGAUAAAAACUUCUACAGUUACUGCUGAAGUAGAGGGAUGGAAGAAUGGUAUUUGGCCUUGAUAGUUGCUUGUGUGGUAACUCAAGCUAAUGCACAGGGAAUUGAUGCCAUAGUGAAUGAGGCGGUCAACAGUGCCUUUGGGGGUGGAGCGGGUGGAACGGGUGGAGGAGCCCCACCCGCGGCAGGCUUUGGUCCGGCAGGGGCUGGCUUUAUGGAUCCAGCAGGGGCCGGACCGGCACCUGCUGUAGGACGAAUUCCUACGAGUCGACUUUCCGGUGGCGGAGUGGCCCCCAGACCAGUAAGUGAUCGGGGAUCAGGAGCAUCACGGGCACUGUCCAGAUUCUCUCAGAGUAACGCGCCAGCUACCAAUGCCCUCCUUAAUGACAGGUCGAUGAGGGCGUCAAUGGCUUCAAGGAGAAUAGCCGAAAAUACAGGGGGUACCGCGGCAGCUUUCCAGAGCGCAGCGCAAAGUCCAGAAAUUGCUGCCAGUUUUCAACGAGCAUUUGGCCGAUACUGUUUUGAGAUCCCUCGAUGUAAUCCUUGGGAUCCAUACCGAAGGACAGACGGACAAUGUAACAAUUUGGAUGAACCUUUACUUGGGUCGGCGUUGACACCACAACAGCGUAUCUUACCGGCAGCUUAUGACAACUUUAUCGAUCUCCCUAGAGUCCGUUCUGUAGUCCCCUUUCGACGUCUCCCCAGUGCCAGAACAGUCAGUAACAACAUUCUUCAGUACACUAUGGGGGGUAUGACACCUGUCAGCUCUACUCAUUCGAUGUAUCUCACUCAUCACGGACAGUUUAUUGACCAUGAUGUCAUCGCCACGCCCAGUGAAAUGGCUGGAACCAUGCAGAACCCUCAAUCGAUUGGCGACUGUUGUUUCCCCAAUGACCAGAUAAAACCAGAUGCUUGUUUCAAUAUUUACGUCGUACAACCGGAUCCAUUCUUUCCACCGAAUCAGUACUGCAUGAACUUCGUACGUCAUGCUGGAGCACCUCCACUGAGAUGUGAAAACGGUGUCCGGCAACAAAUAAAUCAGAGGACGUCGUUUGUAGACGGAUCCGCAAUCUAUGAUUCCGAUUACUCUAGCGAGAAGGAUUUGAGAGCACCUGACUUUGGUAGACUUAAGGAGAACUUUCAAAAUCUGCUUCCACCUCAUCCUAGGGGAUGCCCAGCGGCGAUCAUGACUGAUUACCAUUGUUUUGUCGCAGGCGAUCACAGACCUAGCGAAACACCAACUUUGACCGUUCCGCACAUCACGUGGCUAAGACGUCACAAUUUAAUUGCUGACGCAUUGAGGCACGCUACAGGCAUAACGGAUGAUGAAACUCUUUUCCAGGAAGCGAAAAGGAUAGUGAUAGCACAGCUUCAACAUGUUACAUUCAACGAAUUUUUACCCGGUGUACUUGACGAUAAACAUAUGAAUGAUUUCAAUCUACGAUCACAUCCAAUUGGGCAUGCUGAAGUUUACAACCGCUAUAUCGACCCAAGGACAAUUAAUGCGUUUGGCGUAGCAGCUUAUCGUAUGGGUCAUAGCUUGGUCAGAAAUUCUGUUGGACAUGACAGAGGAUUCGGAGAUGUCCGAGAAUUUCCGGUGAGUGAGCACUUUGAGCGUCCCGAUCUCAUGUUUAAUAAUGGAUAUGAAUUCAUGGCUCGGUGGAUGUCAAGAGAGCCAAAAUCUAGGUCUGACAGAUUCUUAGUUGAUGGAAUCAGGAACAGACUGUUCGAAUCCCCACCAGAUCCAAGAAUGCACCCAUCAGAAACCCUUUCUUUCGAUUUGGGAGCAUUGAACAUCCAGAGAGGCAGAGAUCAUGGUAUUCCCUCUUACAAUGCUUACAGACAAUUUUGUGGAUUCUACAGAGCGAACUUUUUUGCAGCUGUCAAAGGUGGACUUGAUUUUCAUUCUCCAGAAGCAGCAGCUGCACUUCAACGAACAUACAGUCACGUGGAUGAUAUUGAUCUUUAUGCUGGAGGUUUGUCAGAGACUCCUCUUCGAGGGAGCAUCCUAGGACCAACAUUCCAGUGUAUCAUCGCUUACCAGUUCAGUCUCUAUAAACACGGUGAUCGUUUCUGGUACGAACGAACCUUCCCAGAAAAUCCAGUGGCGGCAUUCAACCCUGCCGAGUUAGCACAGAUUAAGCAGACAACAUACUCCAAGAUCCUGUGCUCAGUUAUGAAGAAUAUAGGAGUACCACACUCCUUUCAGCCCAGUUUGAUGUUAAGAACUAACAUCCCAGGCAAUGCUCCAGUCCCAUGUCAUGUACUCUUGCAAGGCAGUCCGCUCGGAUUCGACAUCACACCAUUUGCACAACAGCUUUUACGAUUAGGCGGCCGUCGAGGUCCAUUUGUUUUGAGACCUAGUCCAUUGAAUCCAGGCAUGCGCAGUAUAAUGCAGGUUCGGGGACCGGGGUUAGACAGAGAUAUGUUUAUGGCUCCCAUAAAUCCAGGGAGAGUUAUUCCGACAGGAAGGAGACGGAGAAGGAAAUUAUACUAGUAUAUAAAUAAUGUAUUUUAUAAUAAAGGUUCGUGUAUAAUU